AGAUUCUUGAACGUUCCCUUAAAUCCAUCAAAAGGGCUUCCUUUCCCAGAUAUGAAAUCCAAAACCCAUAUUUUUAUUUCUUUAAUUUUCUUGUGUCUUACAAUCAAUACAAUUCAAGCUCAAAACAAAACCUCUCCUUCAUAUGUCCUUGACUGUGGUGCUUCUGGUGACGGUACCGAUUCGGAUGGACGGAAAUGGACUCAGGAUACAAAGUUUCUUAACUCCUCUGACAAAACGGCAACGGCAAAAGCCCAAUCCCAAGACCCAGCUCUGCCAUCUCCAGUUCCAUACAUGACCGCUAGGAUUUUCACCUCGCCAUCUUCAUACAUGUUCCCUGUUUCGCCGGCGACCCGCCUCUGGCUCCGGCUUCAUUUCUACCCAUCUACAUAUAACAACCUUUUUGCGUUGGAUUCAUAUUUUUCAGUUGUAGCAGACGGCUUCACCCUCCUGAAAAAUUUCAGCGCCUUCAUCACGGCGGAGGCGCUCACACAAGCCUACAUUGUCAGAGAAUUCUCCCUUACCCCUGCCAUCUCCGGCAAGCUCAAUGUUACUUUUAUACCCUCUACAGAGCACAACAGAUCCUUUGCAUUUGUCAAUGGCAUUGAGGUGAUCCCAAUGCCGGAUAUUUUCCAGCCAGCAGCUUUGGUCGGGUUCAAUGAUCAAUCUGUUGACGUUAACAGCUCCUCCUUGCAAACAAUGAUCAGGCUGAACGUCGGUGGACAAUAUAUUUCGGCAACAAAAGAUUCCGGUCUGACACGAACAUGGUACGAUGAUUCACCAUACAUUUUCGGAGCUGGACUAGGUGUCACAUUUCAUGCUGAUCAAAAUGCCACAAUUAAGUAUUCAACAGAUGCCUCAAAGGAAAUUGCACCAUUGGAUGUUUACAGCACAGCAAGAUCAAUGGGGGGAAAUCCAGAAGUUAACAAGAAAUAUAAUCUCACAUGGGUUUUUCAGGUUGAUGCAAACUUCACAUAUGUUCUGAGAUUUCAUUUCUGUGAGCUUCUGUUCACCAAGGUUAAUCAAAGGUCGUUUGAUAUUUAUAUCAACAAUCAGACGGCUCAGCAUGGUGCUGAUGUAAUUGCCUGGUCAGGAUCCAGAGGGGUGCCUGUGUACAAGGAUUUUGCAAUUUAUGUUUCUGAUCAAGUUGGUGUUGAUGACCAGAUAUGGGUGGCAUUGACUCCGACGGUGUCCAUGAAUCCUGAAUUCAUGGAUGCAAUUCUGAAUGGAUUGGAGAUUUUCAAGGUUAAUGAUUCAAGUGGGAAUUUGGCCGGUCCUAAUCCAGUCCCGUCAGAUAUGCUUCUCCAGGCAGAGGCGAAAGGGCGGAGUUUCUCUUCCGGGAGUUCUUCCCAUGUCAUUGGAGGGGUUGCUGGAGGCAUUGCCGGAUGUGCUGUAGCGGCUGUUGUAGUCAUUACUGUCUCAAAGAAGAGGAAAAGAAUGAAUAAUGGUCAAUCGAGUGGUAUCAACUGGUUGCCCCUCUACAGCCAUUCCCACACCACUGCUCAGAGUACCAACAGCAACAGCAGCCAUCUAUCCACCCUGGCAGCUGGAUUCUGUAGGCAUUUCUCCUUCUCGGAGAUCAAACAUGGCACCAAGAACUUCAAUGAGUCCCUGGUUAUUGGAGUGGGAGGCUUUGGUAAAGUCUACAAGGGUGUCAUAGAUGGAGGGACAAAAGUUGCCAUAAAAAGAUCAAACCCAUCUUCUGAACAAGGAAUUACUGAAUUUCAGACUGAAAUCGAGAUGCUUUCCAAGCUGAGACACAAGCACUUAGUGUCAUUGAUAGGGUUUUGUGAAGAAGAUGGAGAGAUGAUCUUGGUUUAUGACUACAUGGCUAAUGGAACAUUAAGGGAGCACCUUUACGAGACUAAUAAACCCUCUUUGUCCUGGAAGCAAAGGCUAGAUAUAUGCAUUGGGGCCGCCAGGGGACUUCACUAUCUUCACACAGGGGCCAAGUACACAAUUAUUCAUAGAGAUGUCAAGACUACAAACAUUUUGUUGGAUGAUAAAUGGGUGGCUAAAGUUUCUGAUUUUGGAUUGUCCAAAACAGGAUCAGAUCUUAACCAGACCCAUGUUAGUACUGUGGUGAAAGGUAGUUUUGGAUACUUGGAUCCUGAAUACUUUCGUAGGCAACAAUUGACAGAAAAAUCUGAUGUCUACUCUUUCGGAGUAGUCCUUUUUGAGGUCUUGUGUGCAAGGCCAGCAUUGAACCCUAGCUUGCCCAAGGAGCAGAUAAGCCUUGCAGAUUGGGCUCUACUAUGCCAGAGGAAAGGCACACUCGAUGAAAUUAUAGACCCUCAACUCAAGGGAAAGAUCAAUCCCGAAUGCCUAAAGAAGUUUGCAGACACAGCGCAAAAGUGUUUAGCUGAUCAUGGGCUUCAUCGUCCCUCAAUGGGGGAUGUUCUCUGGAACCUGGAAUUUGCCAUGCAGCUUCAAGAAAACCCUGAAGCAGCCAAAAGGUUCCAACUCCCAGAAAAUAAUUCUGAAAAAGAUAGAGAAACGCUAGAUGUUGUGGAGGACACCACAGAGGGGGAGGUUGAUGAACAUAUGAAGGCUAUUUUCCAACAGUUAGUGAAUUCCAGUGCGAGAUGAUCAGGAAGUGCUGGAACCUGGACAGAUUGAUUUCAGUGAACUUCUUGCAUUAUGUUCAGUAAUAUACUGAUCAUGUAUGU